ACCUUGAUUGUUUAGCAAAGAUUACAUAAGAUAGCGUUCUGUAACAGUUCUACAGAGAUGCGUCUCGUUCACUUGUUGGUGCUGCCGAUUAAUGAAUUGAUGACCUUCUGGCUCGUGCCGCGUUGAUAAUUUCAACUCUAUUUCAUUCGGUUUUCUAAGUAGAUCGGUGUCUUGUAGCGGUUACAAUGUGUUUUAUUACAUUCAACUAAAUCAAAGUGAAGUUAAGUAAUUUAUUCAAUACUUAUGGAAUCUUUAUAAUAGCACUUUGACGAUAUUUACAAGCUGAUAUGGACAUUGAAAAAUUUAGAAAGAAGAGGCCGAAUCCUCGACAGGGCGCAAAUCCUAUCAACGUGGCAACAUUUUGUUACACCUUACCAACAUUCGUUGAAGGCUACAAGAAGGAAUUAGAAAUUCACGAUUUAUACGAAACAUUCACCGAGCACAAGUCCGGCAAACUAGGCGACAAAGUCGAAGCGGGAUGGAGAAAGGAGGUAGAAAACGCGACGAGGGCAAAAAGGCAGCCUUCACUGCGAAGAGUUCUAAUCAAGACGUUCGGUUUAGAAUUUUUGAUGUACGGAAUAGUUUUAGCAUUGUCGGAGAUAUUUAUUAGAUUAUGGCAACCGAUCUUCUUGGGAAGAUUGGUGUAUUAUUUUGCGCCAUCUCAACGGACGAUGAGGGAUAGGGACGCUCAGGAGUUUUCCAGUGGAAAUGGAACAAAUUCUAGCCAGGUAACACAACCAAUAUUGCUAGGGCAGCUGGUUGCCUAUUACAUGCUGGAACAAGAACAAAUUAGUGAGCGAGAUGCUUACCUGUACGCUGCCGGGGUCGUCGGAUGUUCACUAAUCAUUGUAUUUGUAACACAUCCAUACAUGAUGGGUGUGUUACACGUGGGAAUGAAGAUGAGGGUGGCGUGCUGCUCGCUAAUAUAUCGUAAGGCUUUAAAAUUAAAUAAAACAGCUUUAGGACAGACAACUGUGGGGCAGAUCGUCAAUUUACUUUCAAACGAUGUCAAUCGAUUUGAUGUCGCUGUGUUAUUUGCUCAUCAGCUAUGGGUUGGUCCGCUUGAAACGUUAGUGGUCACGUAUUUUAUGUAUCAAGAAGUUGGGAUAUCUGCUGUCCUUGGCAUGGUAUUUCUGCUGUCAUUUAUUCCUGUACAGUUCUUUCUGGGGAAGAAAGCAGCAACAUUCCGCCUACGAACAGCCUUGCGCACAGACGAAAGGGUGCGCUUAAUGAACGAGAUCAUCUCCGGAAUACAGGUCAUAAAAAUGUACACUUGGGAAAAGCCAUUUGCGAAACUAGUGGCUUUUGCCCGAAGGUACGAAAUUAAAUCUCUCCGACUGACUGCCUACAUUCGCGCUUGCGUUCUAUCCUUCAUCAUGUUCACCACACGUCUAAGUUUAUUCGUAACAAUAUUAGCCUACGUUCUUUUUGGUAAUGAAAUCGAUGCAAAGAAGGUGUUUGUAUUAACAGGAUUCUACAACGUCGUUAGACAGUCGAUGACGGUGUACUUCCCGCAAGGCAUCGCUCAAAUCGCCGAAGCGAAUGUGUCCAUUAAACGUUUGAAUAAGUUCCUGUUAUACGAAGAAACCCUCUUCUCCAACGAGGGGAGCAAGAAGGGCGAAAAGAACGUGGAUAAACCCUCAUCCUAUGGAUCUAUGAGUAAAGCAAUUCCAAGCAAUAUGUACACGAAGAACACGCACGACGAAGCCAUUUACAUGCAGUACGCUACGGCAAAAUGGACUGAGUCAUCUACCGAUAACACGUUUACUAAUUUCAAUUUGAAAAUUAAGAGAGGAAGUUUGGUUGCGGUCAUUGGACCGGUUGGUAGCGGGAAGACCAGUUUACUGCAUGCGAUUUUAAAGGAGUUACCUCUAAUUGUGGGGCAGCUGGAAGUAAACGGAACGGUUAGCUAUGCCUCGCAAGAGCCGUGGUUAUUUCCGGGCAAUGUGCGACAGAACAUUCUGUUCGGGCAGCCGCUGGAGAAACUUCGUUAUAAAACCGUGGUAAGACGAUGCGCCUUAGAACGCGAUUUCAGCCUUUUCCCGUACGGCGACAGGACUAUAGUGGGCGAAAGGGGUGUGUCUUUAAGUGGUGGACAGAGGGCCAGGAUUAAUUUGGCUAGAGCUGUGUAUAAAGAGGCUGACAUCUAUCUAUUGGAUGAUCCACUUUCUGCUGUAGAUACCCACGUUGGGAAAGAGCUGUUUGAGAAGUGUAUUAUGGGCUACUUAAAAGAUAAGACUGUAAUUUUAAUCACCCAUCAACUGCAGUACUUAAAAGACGCAGAUCACAUUAUCAUCCUCGACAAUGGCAUCAUGAAAGCAGAAGGGAGUUACCACGAGCUCCAAGCUUCCGGUUUAGACUUUGCUAAGUUAUUAAACAAGGAGGAGGAAGCGGAGGAAGAAGACGAAGAUUUGGAAGAUAAGGAUGCGGAACUCGUAGAGCUCACAAGGCGGGCUUCGAUACUACAACGCGCAAACUCGAUCGCUAGUUCCUUGGAGGAAGAAAAAACGGUAGAGCAACCUCAAGAAGUAGAAGAACAACGAACUAGCGGCUCCGUGUCCGGAUUCAUUUACAAGGCUUACUUUACAGCUGGUGCCAAUUGUUGUUGCAUUUUUCUACUGGCACUUUUGUAUAUUAUGACACAAUUUUUCGCUAGUUUAGCUGAUUAUUUCCUCACCUAUUGGGUAAAUCUCGAGCAACAGAGAAGUGAAGCUUCCAACUACCACAACUUAAAAAAGAUGCAAUCAGACUCCACAAAUCACACAGUUUACGUAUCAGAUUCCAUUUUUGCCAUGGGAAAACCAUCUAAUGACACUACAACUCUAAGCGACGAAUUUGCGGCCCAGAAUUUUACAAUUCCCGUCAGUGACAGCAUUUGGUUUUUCUCCCGUGAAACUUGCGUGUACAUUUACACCGGUAUUGCAGUCGCGAUCAUCGUUGUUACACUAACGCGUUCAUUCGCAUUUUUCACGUUGUGCAUGCGAUCGUCAGUUCGAUUACACGACAAUAUGUUUAACAGCAUAACGCGCGCUUCCAUGAGAUUUUUCAACACAAACUCGUCGGGAAGAAUUUUAAAUCGAUUCUCAAAGGAUAUGGGAGCUGUUGAUGAACUUUUACCGGCCGCAAUGAUCGAUGCCGUACAAAUCGGUUUGGGUCUAGGUGGUAUCAUUAUCGUUGUUGCGAUUGUCAAUUACUGGUUAAUGAUACCCACAUUUUUAACCGUUUUUAUCUUCUUCGGCUUGCGAUCAUUCUACCUAACGUCAAGCAGAAGCAUUAAACGUCUGGAAGGCAUUACUCGAAGUCCUGUCUUCGCUUACUUAAAUGCGUCUCUUCAGGGUUUAACGACGAUUAGAGCGUUUGGUGCCGAAUCAAUUUUGGAGAAAGAGUUCGAUAACCAUCAGGAUCUACACAGCUCAGCAUGGUUCUUAUUCAUCUCGACAUCCCGCGCCUUUGGAUUCUGGUUGGACCUUGUCUGCAUAAUUUACAUCACGGCGGUGACAUUAAGUUUUCUUCUAAUUGGCAACGAAAAAUUCGGCGGUAACGUCGGUUUGGCGAUAACCCAGUCGAUCAGUUUAACGGGCAUGUUCCAGUGGGGUAUGCGACAGUCUACAGAGGUGGAAAACCAAAUGACUUCCGUUGAGCGAGUGGUUGAAUACAGUCACAUCGAACACGAGCGCGACUUUGAUAGUCCACCUGGUAAAAAACCCCACCCCGAAUGGCCAGAAAAUGGAGAGAUUAGGUUUAUCAAUCUAUUCCUGCGAUAUUUCCCGCAAGACCCGCCUGUUCUGAAAAACCUCAACUUUACCAUUAAACCGUUAGAGAAAGUGGGUAUUGUCGGACGUACUGGUGCGGGAAAGUCGUCAAUGAUUUCCGCUUUGUUUCAACUAACCAACACGGAAGGACUCAUUGUUAUAGAUGGAAUAGAUAUUAAAACGAUUGGUUUACACGAUUUAAGAUCAAAAAUAUCGAUAAUUCCACAAGAGCCCGUGCUUUUUUCGGGUACAAUGCGGAAAAACCUAGAUCCGUUUGAUGAAUAUACCGAUGAGGUUUUGUGGAAAGCAUUAGAGGAGGUUGAGUUGAAGGAAGCAGUUAAUGAUUUAGUGGCAGGUUUAAACUCGAUUAUGUCCGAGGGAGGAUCGAAUUUUAGCGUGGGGCAGCGUCAGUUGGUAUGUCUAGCUAGAGCAAUUAUUCGAAACAACAAAAUUCUGGUACUGGACGAAGCAACUGCGAACGUGGACCCUCAAACUGAUGCCCUCAUUCAACAUACUAUCAGAAAGAAGUUCGCCAACUGUACCGUUUUAACAAUAGCGCAUAGAUUACACACAGUUAUGGAUUCUGACAAAGUAAUGGUAAUGGAUGCAGGAAAAAUGAUUGAAUUUGAUCAUCCACAUUUGUUGCUACAAAACGAACAUGGCGCUCUGUUUGGUAUGGUUGAACAAACUGGGACAGUUAUGGCGGAAGUUCUAACAAAAAUAGCCAAAGACAACUACAAGCAGUUACACGGACUGGAUUCUGUUUAGAUCGCCUAUUUUAGGGUUAUUAGGUACCGAAUAAUUCGCAUAAUAAUUAUUAUAUUUUGUGUGCUGUAUGAUUGUUGUAUAAGUGUAGUCUGAAAUGAUCUUUGCUAAAUAUGUUUGCUGUAUAUUUUUAUACUAGAUACUGAAUAGUUUAUAAAAGAAUCGAUCAAAUCUU